AUGCCGUUGAAGCGAGUCCGCGUCGAGGCCGAGGCGGCGCCGGUGCUUGGCCCGGUCUUUCUCCAGAAAAUCUUCCGGCUCUUCAGCGAGACGCCACGUCACAUCGCGCACUGGGGCCGAGACGGUCGUACGGUGCGCAUCGAGGACCCGCACCGGUUCGCCCUGGAUGUCUUGCCCUUGUACUUCAACCACAGCAAUUUUCUGAGCUUUGUGCGGCAGCUCAACUUUUACGGCUUCCGCAAAUACAAGCCCGAGGACGGGUUGAGCCACCUCCCGUCCGAGAAGGCGUCGUAUGCAUGGGAGUUUAUCCACGACCGCUUCCAGCGCAGCAUGCCCGAGCUCGUCGCGACGAUUCGCCGGAACGGGCACGUCGCGCCAACGAAUAAUGACGCCACGCCACGGGCCGAGACGCUUCCGGCCCUCCAGAUGCAAGUGCAGGAGCUGCAGCGGAACAGCCAAGACAUGGUCGCGCGCAUCACAGCACUCACGUCGCUCCUCUCCGAAUUUGUUCGCGACCAGCAGGACCGACCCGUGCCACCCUCCCGCAAGCGGGCGACGCACAAACAUCAGAAGAACUCGGGCGUGUACGACCCGUGCGGCCGUUAUUGA